UCUGACAUAUUUAUUUUAUUAAAAAAAAGAAAAAAUCUUUUUUCUGAGUGGCCCAAGAAUCCAACCACAAUGCUUGGAAACAAGUGGGAAAAAAGGAAUAUUUGGUGCAAGUUGUAUUAAUAACUUCCUUCAGUAAAGUGGCGACAUUGACAAUGAAGGUGGUGAUCCAGAUAAUGCAAAAUUGCCAGUCUAGUCUGGGCCUGUCAGUUUUGCAUGAACAGUGCAUCAGAUUAGGAUGAUAAUGAUCUCCACAAAAGACCCAGUACAUGCUGUAAAGGGGGAUUUGAUGUUGGAAAGAGGUAGAACACCUACUUUCCAGCGUCUCUUGUGACUCAGGGAGUCUAUGAUUCCGUGACAGAACAAAGUGGUUUCUUCAUCUGGAUUUUCACUCCCCAGGAAUCUCAUUUUGGGGCCUGCGGGCAGCAAAGAGAAGAUACAUGGCCGUGGGAAGGAACAUCAACAUAACAACCGACUUCAUCCUUUUGGGAUUUUCAGAGCAGCCAGAGCUUCAGGCUUUCCUCUUUGUGUUGUUUCUGGGGAUCUAUUCUGUGACUCUGACUUGGAACCUGGGCCUUGUUGUCUUGAUCAGGAUGGAGUCAUGCCUGCACUCCCCCAUGUAUUUCUUCCUUGGAAACUUGUCCUUUGUUGACAUCUCAUACACGUCCUCCAUCACCCCCAAGAUGCUCUGUGACUUCUUCAAGCAGCAGAAGACCAUCUCCUUUGUGGGAUGUGCUACUCAGUUUUUCUUCUUCAUCAGCAUGGGGGCCACUGAAUGCUGUCUCCUGGCGGCCAUGGCAUAUGACCGCUAUGCUGCUAUUUCCACCCCUCUGUUCUACGCAGCCUUCAUGUCACCCACCAUGUGUGUGGGGAUGGUCAUUACAGCAUACACUGGAGGGUUCCUCACGGGAUUGGUCCAAACCAGCUCCAUAUUCCAGCUGUAUUUCUGUGGGCCACGAGUCAUUAAACACUUUUUCUGUGACCUGCCACCUCUGCUAGUCUUGUCUUGUUCUAGUACCUUCCUCAGCCAGGUAGUGAACUUUCUUGUUGUGUGUGCAGUUGGUGGGACAUCAGCUCUUGUUGUCCUGGUGUCCUAUUGCUACAUCAUUGCUGCUGUCAUGAAGAUCCAUUCAACCCAAGGGCGGUUGAAGGCUUUCAACACCUGUGCCUCUCAUCUGACCACAGUGAUUCUCUUCUAUGGCUCUGGUCUCUUCUCAUAUCUCCAUUCUAGUGCUGGCUACUUACAGGACCAAGAGAAGGUGGUGUCCAUGCUCUAUGGAGCUGUGAUUCCCAUGCUGAAUCCCAUCAUAUACAGUUUGCGAAACAAGGAGAUCAAAGAUGCAUUGAAAAAACUCAAGAACCAGAAGAAGCAGAUGUUCCCUCUGUGUCUUAUGGUUCUCUAA